UUGUGCUGGGUCGUCCUUUAUUCCAAUAGUCUCCAGAGACCAAAAUUCUUCAAUAGUCGUUGCUGUUGGCAUUUGUUCUUGAUUAGAAGGAUUGACCGCCAUUAACGAUGAGGAAGUCCCAGUCAGAGCAGGUAAGUUCACUUCUCCCCCAAGUACAGGUCCAAGGACAGUUCGGAUGACUGUAAAUCCAUGGUUGGUCAUCUUACAGCCAAUGAAGUACUUCCAAAAUUCCCGCGUCCCAAUCAGUAUGUCCGGUUUUCCAAUGUCCAUUCUCAACACGUAACUAUCCGAGCAGCUGUCGCCUAUGUAUUUCGGAGUUUCCAUUUGGGCGGCAAUUUCUUCAAUAUAGUUGAGUUCAAUUUUCUCCCAUUGACCAUCCAAUCGCUUAAGUUGUAG